ACAAUACACACCUUGCGCAAGCAUUUCUUAAUUUCUUCCAAAAAGUGGUGGGGACAUGUCCCACCCGCAAAUUACGCCUAUGCCAAAAUUAGAUACCAUCUAAUACCACAGCAAAAACCAUUGACCUAACAAAUAUAAAGUUCAAACGUUAUUAAAGACAAGUAAACAGUCAGUAAAGAACUCUCUGUCUCUUUCGGGUUGCUCACGUUAUCAGCCACAGCUGUUUUACACCGCAUGCAGUCAGUAAAUAAGAACAAAUGAACAAAACAAAAAAAAGACAAGCUGUAGCACAUAAUAUAAAUAAACAGAAGACAUUCCACAUUGCUUUAGGUUUUUAGGCUUAAUGGUGUUCAGCUACAGAUAUAAUCAAAUGCAAUAAUCAAAAUGCAAAAUAAUAUUUUCAGAUGACAGAAUGCAUAUUCUUCACUGUGUUAAAUAUAAAAAUGACGACUGACUGUUUUCCAGGAUUCUCGUCAAGUCGGGUAUUUUUGACAUAGUUCUGUGUGUGUUUGUCCCUUCAAGCACAAGAAGACACGGAAAGAAAGGGAGAGAGAGGUCUGAGGCGCAGGCUGAUCGAGCAAGUCACAAAUCCGUCAACAGACUCGACUCUCGAGCGUCUUUCACAGUGGCUAUCGGGCACUCACGUGAGCCCUGAGCGGACUAGCUUUCUAACGGUAGACAAAGAGAACUUAAAGGCGGGGUGUCAGUAGAGCUGUCACGAUUAUUAAAUAAUCGUCUCAUCGCGAUGGUUUCAGAUCAUCGCAAUUAUCGCACAUCUCUAUUGAAGACACUAGGGGGAGCUGUAGUGCAUCUGCAUAUUGCAUAUUUUAGUGUAUAUAUUGUAACUAAAGCAUGGUAAUACUUGUAAAAUGUACCACCACAACACAAUCACUUUAAAAAAAACUAAUGCGUGUACCAUAAAAAUAUCCUGCAGUACAGUUUAAUGUUAUUUCAGUGUGAAAACCAGUCUACCAAAAUUUCAUUAACACACAAGUAAACUUUUACUGUAGUCUUGCAAGUGAGAAAAAAACAGACUAGAAGCUUUUCUAUGACUGAUAGCAUUGUAAUGGUGGCUUCAAUUCACUCCUGAUCAAUUUACUUCAUUUACAAGUAUUUGGUGGUUGUAUUAUUGACAGGUAAAAGCCUAAACCUUCAGUAUGAUGACCCAAUUUUUUCCUAUGUAUUUCCAAGAAAAAGAACAUAGUCUUUAUAUUCAGAACAAUAUGGUCGUUUCAAAGCUGAAAAGUCAAAGCUCUAAAACAGACAAUUAAUCGUCAUAAUCGCAAUGAUUUAUUAGACAAUUAAUCGUCAGCCAAAUUUCAUAAUCGUGACAGCCCUAGGUGUCAGAUUUCUCUUAGCCGUUGUUGAUGUUCAAAUCACCAAAACAAACACACCCCUACCCCCAUCUUACGCUUUCGUCUAAUGUCUAGUGUGUGUUAGAAGUCUGGAACGGUGAGAAAACAUUUGUGCUUUGUACGUUUUUUGUCUUUAAGCCAAGCUUUUAGGUCUUUAGCCGGUAAAGUUUAAAUCCCGUCUGGCUAGCGCGUGGAGAGCAGGCGGUCUGCUGGAACACCUUCAACCACAUGAGCGUCUAACGUUACACCACUAACACAAUCCGGUCGAAUGUGUUUUCGACUUCUUCUGGAUGUUGUAGAAAGUCGACAAGCUCAAAACGUUUCAUACCCCCGUUUACACCUGUGUUAACGUCAUCCACUUGUGAUCCGAUCGACCAAAACGCAUAUCAGGUGUAGGCUACAGGGGCACUUCAGGGGCCAAUAAGAUUUCAGCUGGGGCCAGCGCCCCUCUGGCCCCACCCCUAGAUCCGCCAGUGGGUCACUGCUAUGUUGAGAUGGCUGAAUGGACAUGGUCAUGUGUUUCAGAUGCAGCGGGUUGAGAGAAUUCAGUCAGCGUGUGUUUUGUCACGGCCCUCCUCCCUUCAUCAUUCUCAACAUGCAGAUGUGGCAGUCUGAGGAUCUGUCUUAUGUACCGUAUCGUCUGGAACUGUCUGAUCAACGGUACUCGUUAGAGGGCGCUACGCUCUUCAACAGAGAUGAACAUCAUUAUUCCGCCGUAUUCCAGAUGGACGGGUACUGGAUGCAUUAUGACGGCCUCCGAUCGGACAAUCUGGUGCUGUUAAACAAACCACCGGAGUUCCUGCUGCUCUCCUCUUUAGUUUACAUCAGAUCUUCAGACAAAUAAACGCCACACAAUAUAAACACUUCUUACCAUCAUCACAAACCUCUUCAAAGUUUUCAUUCUUUAUCCCUUCAGUCCUGCUGUCGCUGUGUUUUAUGUUGUCCAUCGAACACUAAUUUCUGUAUUUGUUUGUCAGUAUUCCCUUCACAAAUGGUCUCCGUUGAUUAAUGACUUUUCGUGUUACAAUAUAUUUUUGUGUAUGAGGCGAUAAGAUGAUAUCAGAUCAGAAAUUUUAUACUCUUAUACAUCAUUCUUUUUGUAAUUGCUCUAUAAGACCGUCUGGCCUUGCGGAGCUUUUCUCUGGCGUGCUUGGAAUCCAAGAAUAUUGAUGUGAACUAUAAUAGUUUUGGAAUUAUUAAAGUGAAAAAGCUCACAACUGCAUUCAACAACCAGUCAUACACAAGCCAAAAUCAUGCGUUAUUUCUGUCUGAAACAGUGUUUCACGUCAGGGUGCUUGUUUUACACAGAUUGUUAAAGGUCAAUUCAAUAUUUUCUUAAGUCACAUUAGCAUUCUAUCAGUUUUACAUUGGUUCAGUAUGCUUAUUUGUUCUCAAGUCAGUUCUGGUUUUACAUGUAACUGAUGCCGAUUGUCUGUUUGUAAAUCUUGAUU